AUGGAUCUCAAGCGUCUCGAGAAGAUGAGAGCUUCAUGCCCAUCACGAAAAUCCAUGUUGGAUUUCCUCUAUAACGGCAAUCCGCCCAACGAUUUGGAGAAGCCAAACACCUUCGAAGUUGGAAGAGUAUCAUCUCCCCCUAAUGAUGGCAUCGUUGCCAAAGAGCCCUUUCGCGAUAUUACAAAUAUCCAGCCUUCUCUCAAUGUCGGCGUACAAUACGAGGUCGUCAAAAGGGACCGUACCACUGUGGGCAAGAAGAGCACCGGAUCUGCAAUCACCGGCCAUGUCCUGGCUAAUUCUCACGAUGAAAAUUAUUGUGUGACCAAGGAUAGCGAGACCCUCGACGAUGAUGCCUCAUCUAUUACCAGCGAACGUAUCAAGCUCAACCCUCAUGCGCCCGUUUUCGUUCAAAAACAAGCACCAGAGCAUCAAUCAGUUGGCAGCCCUACUUUUGAGGUAUCCAGCCAGGAUCUUUCGGAUUUCAACUCCGAACCGUCAGAGCCUACCACCGACGGUUCUUUGAACCACUUUGAGGACGUAGAGCCCCAAGUCAUUUGCACUCCGACACGCGAGGUAGCAAGUAUUGAAAACUCCCCCACCCACAACGAGCGAGCCCAGUCUGUGACUGAGGAACCCCCCUAUGACCAUUGUGUGACGAUUGAACUCGAGACCACUGAUGCACGAUCAUUUUACACCCCCUACUACGAGAUUGAAGAUCACAGAAGCUCACCAAGUUACCGUGAACGUCUUGACACGAUCUUUGAAGAACCCGAGACAGAGCAAAAUGAGACUUCCGAGAUUAAUUCCACUGGCCAUACAAUCACCAAUUACCACACCAUUUCUCUCAGCGAGUCCCCAGUUACAUGCAGUGAUUCAUCAAUUACCGAAUCCGAAACCAGCGAUUCUCUGAUGUCCGACAGUCUGGCAAUAGACAGCAGUGUCGCUGCACCUGGAUCUCCUGGAAUAACUACUAGUGGGCCCGUCGAUGCAGAACGGAAGAAACAAACCAUUCGCUUUGACCGCGAGGGAGAUCUGUACCUCGAAGUCGGUAAGGAGAAUGUCCGUACCAUGCUGGUAGACUCACGAGCUCUUGGUCGUGCAUCGGUCAAGUUACGUGAUGUCAUAUCUCAGAGUACUAAAGAGGACACCGGACACCGCUGGACAAUCAGCUUUCCCGAAGAUGACCCAAAGUCUUUUGCAAUCGUUCUCAACCUCAUCCACACCCGGUUUGAGAAAGUUCCCACACAACUGACACUUGACCGACUCUACGAUGUGUGCACCCUAGCCAAAAAAUAUGGCAUGACUAGCGUUCUACGACCUGUCGCCGAGCGAUGGUACCUAUUCGCUCGAACGCUUGAAAAAGCCUCCAUCUUCAAGAUGGCUUUUAUUGCAUGGGAAUUUGGAUUCCAGACCGAUUUUGGAGAGAUCCUUGGGUACAUGACUCACAACUGUUCCACCGAUGAAGAUUCCCAGCUGGUUUUUGGCCCCGAUAAGCAGCGUCUGUCCGAUAACGACGUUUUGAAGAAGCUGCCAGUUAUGACAUGCAUUGAAGGACAUCGUCAGCUAGCCUUGGAAACUUUCUAG